AUGCGCUUGCGGAAUAGCCUCCUCAGUACCUCCGGCGUAUUUGCUUUGCCUGCAAUUGCACCAGUUUCUAUUAACAGACUGACUGAACUUCUGGGUCCGGUAUGUGGCUGAUAUAUUCGCUGUCAUCGAGCGAGACCACGUUUUGGCAUUCUGUGAUUAUUUCUGAGUCGUCUUCCCAAACAUUGGAUGCAUGAUGGAUGGCAAAGAGAAUUAGGAACUGGCCUUAUUUAAUGUCCAUGUUCGCCGCAGAGGUUGCAAUGGCUUAAAAAUGACGUGUUUUGGAAUGCUGUUAAUAAGAGUCAAGUAUUGAACACUAGCAGCAUCAGCUGCAAAUACACUUGCGUAAGGGUGCUAUAUCGGCGUAUUUAGAUGCACUACGAUAACAGAGUGCAUGUUUUUCGAAUUAAAAUUCUUUGACGGUUUUAAAGUGAAUGACUUCUUGCGCAAACAUGUUAACUAAUGCAAGUGAAAUGAGAGAUGAGACUAAAAUCCAUCGUUUUAAAUCUCAGUAUAUAAUCGCGGGCACAAAUAACUUAUCGGAAGCGGUCGGUCGCCACCUUCAGCCACUUGGAUUUGCAGUCGCAUAGGAACCAGAUUAAAAAUUUGGUCCAAAAACCGAAUGCCACAAAAGGGAACGCCCACGGUGUUUGUCGGAUAUAGUGCAGUUGCAGGCAAAGCAAAUACACCGGAGGUACUGAGGAGGCUACUCCGCUAGCGCAUGGCCAAACGUGCAAUUGCAGUUAGGAGGAAUGACCCCAGGCCAAAGUCUAGGUUAAUUCGACGGGACUUCGUCAUACCUUCAAGCUUAGCGAGGCCGAAGUACUCCUAACCGAUGACAACCGCACGAGCUGCAAUUUACUUGAGUCGUAAGUCUUCGGUUCCUAGUAUGUUACAAAACCCAAUAUCCUUUCUCCCUUCAUAAACACUUUUGUGACUUUUCUUGGGCAGAUUGAUUGGCAACGUAAGGAACACACAGGCAAACAUCGCUUCCGGUGCUAGGAUCAGUGGGCCAAAUUACCAGAUAAGUAUCACGUCAAUAAUCAACACCGGGAUGAAAUUGCGGCAAAUGCCGAUUUGGAUGCGAGCGGGCAAUCCAUUCUCGAGCCAAUUACAGCCGUUGACGAUGACGGCUGGGACUGUUAAUUAUGAUAGUUGUGUGAUGGCAAGGUAACUGCCUCCUGCAAAUACUACAGCAUGUGUGCGUCAAGCAUCAAUAACUGUAGUUGUCCCUGACGACGCUUUUGGGUGAGAAGACGAUAGGCGUGGGUUGCCGUGCUGGCGACUAGGAGAGCAGACCGCAACAGUACUCCCGGAUAAACCGAAGCCGGCGUUAUGUGUCUCCGAAUGAGUUAUACAUAUUAGACACAUAAGUAACAAACCAAUCGGGAGAGUGAGCAUGGCAUUCGUGCGUGAUUAAAAGUGAAUGGGAAAGGAUAUAUUUGCCUGCGUGCUAUAGUAGGAAAAUUGAUGGGGUAUGACGCCGCGGUUGAGAGUAGCAGACAGGGAUGAGCGGAAGAUAGGGGAACAUGGGGCAUAGAUCAGAUUUGUCCUGGACGUCAGAAUCUCAACAGUUUAUUCUCACGACCUCCUCGUGAGUAUCGCAGUGAAUUCAGAACGCCUUUUUAUUGGGAGCGGCGACACGUAAGGAGGGCUCUAUUGACCGGCGCACCUGAUAGCAUCGAUGGGUGACGUGAGCGCAUUUCAUCAAGCCGUUUUCAUAGCAAAACUCGGAGAGAUUUGGCCGUGACGGAACCUUGAACGGAAUCCGCCUAAACUAGUGGAGGUGGUGGAGGAAGCUCGUGGGAUCUGUGACAGUCCGCUCCCUUUAUCGCCGCCUCUUUGCCACGCAACUCUUCUGUCCGACUCACACUAUCUGUCGGCUCGCUGCUGGGACCGCGCGAGGCCUUCCAUUAGUCCGCGGAUGCUCCGAGCCAAUCAACGCUGCUCCUCCGCUGAUUGGCCACUGGGGGGGGACGACUUGGACGGAGCAGAGGCUCUCACGUGGCUGGGGUCUAAAAGUCUCAACGGCAGAUACUGGCAUCCACAACACGCUUGAAGAGAUGGCUUGUGGCAUCUGAUUGCUGAGCCUCCAGUUCAUUUUUUCACAACAGUAAUAUUUGACCAAGCCAAGCUGUCUUCCCUAACUUGCGGUUUAGGAAGGUUCGCGUUGUUGACCACUGGAAACUCCCCCAUCAGCUUCCCAUUACGACGUGGCAGCCCGCGCUUCCGUGCUCUCCGCUGCUUUGUCACGUUGCCUUCCUGUAUACCUCACACUCCUUGUCGAUCUGCUGCUGGGACGCGCGGGGCUUGUUACUAGCCUCGCGAGUGCACGUGGCCAAUCAACGCUGCUCCUCCUCUGACUGGCUAUCGGACACUAAGACAAAGCGAAAGGCGCCCACACGCGCUGGAGUCUAGGCACCUCAACGGCGGACGCAGAUAUAACUUGCCUGGAGAGACCACUAGCGGCAACUGCCUGCAGUAAGAGUUGUCCAACCCAAUACAUCUUCCCUGACUUCUGAUUUGGGAAUAUUUGUCUGUCGACCACACCAUCCCGACAAUUGGUGACCCCUUGCGAACAGCAAUCUCUUUUUUUCCUAAUCUACGAUAAAGUCAGGCGUUGACCAUGGACAAUUUUCCACCGGAAAUGCUGCAUAUUCUGACACCUGCUUUCGGCAUUCUUCCGGUCGCGCAACUUAGAUGGCCGAAAGGCUUGUGAGCUGCACGGUUUUCCCAAGCCGUCACUUUCAAUACUCUCUACUGCCUCAGUUCCUCCUGCUUCUCCACUUUCGCAGUUGGAAGUCGGGCUUACCAAGCUGACCGAUGAUAAAGCUUCUCUCCAGGUGCAGACAGUUUCUCCCUCAUUUCAGAGUCAAUCAAAGCCGUCCGCCCCGCAUGUCGAGUCUGCACAUCCAGCCCAUUCAAACACAGCCGCCACCUGCUGGUAUCACACCACCUUUGGUGCUAACGUCCGUGACUGCACUUCUCCCUGCUCCUCCAUCCCCUAGCAGAGCAAACGGGUAAAGUUGGCCAGCCCGAAAGUUAGUGCGGCCAAUCUUCCUCGCAGCUCUGAAGCUGGUCACACAUUUUACGUUCUCGACAUCCGGAGUGGUAGGCGUUUCUUGGUUGACACUGGUGCCCAACUAAUUGUCAUUCCGCCCACACCAGCUGAUCGUCGGUGCCCCAAUCCCGGCCUUUCCCUUCAGGCCGCCAACAAGUCUCCCAUCACCACCUUCGGCACCUGCUCUCUCUCUCUCUCUCUCUCUCUCUCUCUCUCUCUCUCUCUGAACAUCGGCUUCCGGCGUCUUUUACCCUGGGUAUUUGUCGUUGUUUAUAUCCCCUGUGUCAUUCUUGAUGCAUGUUUUCUUGCUGCCGAUUUUCUUGUCGACUACCGUCAGUCCCGUUUACAAGACAAGACCACCAACUUCACCGGCCGGAGUAUCUCUUCCUCCGACGCCUCCCCCCAAAUUGUCCUCCUGGGCUCUGAACCUGAGAAUCCAUUUCGGCAACCCCUCGCUAAACAUCUCUGCUUCGCUCAUCCCAACUGCAGCGCUUCUAUUCCACCAUACGACGUUGUUCACUACAUCGGACCAUUGGUCCUCCCGUGUUUUCUCGGCCCCACCGUCUCGCGCCUGCACGCCGAGGCCGAGUUUGAACAUAUCUUUCAGAUGGGCAUCACCCGUUAA